AUCGAGGUGUUUUUCAAUUCCAUUGUUGUGUUUAGAAGCCUGUAAUUAUGUACAAGGUGAUAGCACUUUUUAUUGGAUAUCUACAGUUAGUUUCAGGUGGUUUUAAUGUACGAGAAGGCAUUCCUGGAGGAAGGAUUGUAGGAGGCGUUACUACGACUAUAGAGAAACAUCCAUGGCAGGUAUCCCUGCAGGUAUUUGGAAAUCAUAUUUGCGGAGGUUCAAUUAUUAGUUCUGGCCUCAUAUUAACAGCCGCUCAUUGCGUUACCGAACUGAUAGUUACCGUGUAUUACGUUGUACCGGGAGUAACAGAUUUAAGACAGGCUGAACAAAAAUAUCAAGUCGAAGAAGCCAUAAUGCACGAUGACUAUGACAGCGUUACUUACGAUUACGACAUCGCCUUACUAAAGCUUCAAGAAAAUUUGACGUUUUCGAACACAAUUCAGGCCAUAAGCCUUCCGAAUGAGCUUUUUACCAUUCCAGAUGGGACUAGUUUGGUAGCAAGUGGUUGGGGAAUAACAGAGCCUGACGGUACGGACUCCUCUGAUGUUUUGAGAGAAAUUGAGAUACAAUACAUAAACUGGGAGACGUGCAGGACAAGGUUAUCAUCAGUAGGAACGUUCACAGAAAGAAUGAUUUGUGCAGGUGUACCAGAGGGCGGGAAGGACACGUGUCAGUCGGACUCCGGAGGUGCACUGGAGCUAAAUAGUACAUUAAUUGGAAUUGUGUCCUGGGGCGAGGGUUGUGGGGAUCCUAGAUAUCCCGGUGUUUAUACACAUGUCAGUUACCUCAGAGCAUGGAUAAGGGAGCAUACCGGAAUUUGAGUGUAACAAAAGUGUUAAUAAAUAGAUAAUUAUAAC